AUGGCUAAAAGAAAAGUGAGAUCCCGAGAAGAGAUUUUGAAAGAGAAAACCGAAAGAGAAAGAUUCAUUGUUGGAUGCAGAAUGGAGAAAAUGCAGGAAGCGUAUGAAAAUGCUGUUAGAAACAAAAGAUGGGACAAGAACCGAGCAUGUUAUGUCAACAAAGAAGGUGAACCUGUUGUUCCCAGGAGAGAUAUAGUUCAUGAUGAUGUUCUUCUAGUAAUUCCUCUAUCCGGUGAAUUUUAUUCAAAACGUGCAAAAGACAAGAAUUAUGAGAAAAAUCUGAAUAAAAUCAUCAGACAUGCUAUGACAUCAAGUCUAAGAAAGAGGGAUGAAGAGAGAAUGAAGAAAAAUGUUGAAGAAUUGGUUAAUGAUUUGAAGAAAGUGGCUGAAGAAGUGAAAGUCGAAGCUGUGAAAGUAGAGGAUGUGAAGAUAGAAGAGGAAAAGAAGGUGAUUAAAGAAGUUGUUGAAGAAGAAAUGAAGAAGAAAGAAGAAGGAGAAGUGAAGGAUGAGAUUUUGGAGGUUGCUGGUAAUGUUGAUGAUAGUGCUGAUGCUGGUAAUGAGAAGAAGAAGAGGGAAGCUGAUCAGGAGCAGAUGGAAGCAAACACCGAGGUGCCAAUCACUGAGGUGCUUCCGAAGAAAACUGAAUGUCAACCAAAGGAGAAUCGAAGUAGCCUGGCGCGCGAGGAGGAGGCUGCUGAUCCCUGCGAUGGUUAA